ACGCCUGCCCAAACCAGACCAGAUUACAAAGAGCGAUUAAGCAACCUCAAAGCUGGUUGAGGAAUUGCAAGGAUUUGAAAGCAAAAGGCCUUCCCCAACUGGAGAAGAUGAAGAAGUAAACAUUUCCCACAUCUCUUCCUCGCAAGCACUGCCCCUUAUCAGGAGCAUUCCAGCCUGCCCUGUUUGUCACAGGAACCGGCCGGAGCGGGAGCACGCUCGCAGCCGGUGGAGUGAUUCAGUGGUGAUGGGGAAAGGCAGGUGGAGCAGGUAAGUCACCUCUGGACAGGAAGGUAUAAAAGAUACCUGAAUUACAGCGGCAGGGCCACUUGUACACAGAGCUACCGUGCUGGAAACAAGUCAGGAAGCAACCAGGGAGCUGGGAAACCGGAAAGCAACUUAUAACACAAGACACUAAGCCUAUCCUCUGGAGAGAAGACUCUUCAGGGGUAGAAAUCAAGAGCCUGGAACAUGCUUUUCUCCUCCUAAGCAGCACUUUGAACAGGCUUUGCCCAUGCUGCCACCAUAAUAUCUGAGUGCCUCCCAGCCUAAUAGGCUGCCAUAACGAGGUCCCUACUUGACCUCAUGGAGUCUUCUGCUCUCCUCCCUGCGCAGGUAUCGGGGAGCACCAGCCGGGAGUCUCCCAGGGCUCUCUUUAUUUCCCCGGGCACCAUCAUGUCCUGCUUCACACACCUAUGGCAUUCCACCACGGCGGAGUCUCCCACCAGCCCGGUCCCUGCCUCUCCAACUGAAAUCCCCAUCCCCAUCAGCCCCAUUGUUGUCACCUCCCCAGGAGAUGGCAAGAGGAAGGCGAGAUCCCCAACUGACAAACCUGGCUCUCCGAACCCAGCCUCUCCAAAGCCAGCCUCUCCUGUCGAGUGUUCCAUUUGCUUCAACACCUACGACAACACCUUCAAGACACCCAAACUGCUCCAAUGCUCCCAUGUUUUCUGCCUGGAAUGCGUGGCCCGUCUGAGCACGGGGCUGCCCCCGAACCAACCAGAGGACCAGCUCCCCUGCCCCUUCUGCAGGCAGUUGACCAGCAUCCCUCUGGAAGGUGCCCCAGCAUUGGAAACCAGUAAGGAGCUCCUUGCCACGCUGCCUCCCGAGCUCCAGCAGGAGAAGGUGCUGUGGAUGGAAGGGACCAAGCUGUGCUGCCGUCAGUCAUCCGAUGACCCCGAGGAUCCAGACUCCUGUAUCUCCAUCGAUGUUGCCAUGAGCAAGCCAGAAAGCUCAGAGGCCCCCCCGACAGGGUUAGCUGGGAGGCUGUCCCGCUGUGACAUGUGUGAUGACUGGAAGCGCAUAGUCCUCCUCUCUGCCUUGAUCAUCAUCCUCUUCUGCAUCAUUCUGUGGCCAGUCCAGUGUGCCCUGAAGACAGGGAACCUCCGGUGCUUCACAAGGACUGUUGCCAUGAGCAGACCCGAGUAUCUUCCCCCUAAACACACCACGGCAGCCACACCAGUGACACAACUCCCUUUCCAGUAGCAGCAAAGCAGCUCCUCGCUCCCAUCUAGCAGCACAUCGUGGAGGUGGGAACAGGGCCGCUGCUCCAGCAGCAUUCCAUGGUCCUGGAAGACCUCAUGGC